CCUCGGCCCAUACCUUUCUUCCCCGACUCCAGCUCUUGUUGCUUCUAUGUUUCCUUCCUCCCCCUCCUCGCCUCGGAAGGGUCUCCUGGUCGCUCGGCUGUUUGUCGCUCUGUUGCAGCCAUCCCGGACUAACGCAUUGUUGCUUUCUCACCGUCGUUGCCUCGUUCUUACUCUGCGAAGCUAUAUCUCUUCAGAUAUAUCUCUACACCGCUGGUGUUAGUCUUGAAUAGCCGGGCAAGAUGGUGAAGAUUUGCUGCAUUGGUGCUGGCUAUGUCGGUGGGCCAACCAUGGCCAUGAUUGCCUUGAAGUGUCCGGAUAUUGAGGUCGUGGUGGUGGACAUUAGUAAGCCCAGGAUUGCGGCCUGGAACAGCGAUGAACUGCCGAUUUACGAGCCAGGGUUAGACGAGGUGGUGAAGAAGUGCAGAGGAAAGAACCUGUUCUUCUCGACCGAGGUGGAGAAGCACGUUGCGGAGGCCGACAUUGUGUUCGUGUCUGUGAACACACCCACGAAGACCAGGGGAUUGGGAGCCGGCAAGGCCGCGGAUCUUACCUACUGGGAAAGCGCUGCGCGUAUGAUUGCUGACGUUUCCAAGAGUGACAAGAUCGUGGUUGAGAAGUCGACCGUGCCGGUGAAAACUGCCGAGGCUAUUGAGAAGAUUCUAACACACAACAACAAGGGGAUUAAUUUCCAGAUCUUGUCGAACCCUGAGUUUUUGGCUGAAGGUACCGCAAUCGAAGAUUUGGAGAAGCCCGACCGUGUUCUGAUCGGAGGGCGCACGACCCCCGAGGGGCAGAAGGCUGUGGCGGCCUUAAAGGCAGUGUAUGCUCACUGGGUGCCUGAGGACCGCAUUAUCACCACUAACCUGUGGUCCGCUGAACUCUCCAAACUCGCCGCCAACGCCUUCUUGGCCCAGAGGAUUUCUUCUAUUAAUGCCAUGUCCGCCUUGUGCGAGUCCACAGGCGCUGACGUGAGUGAGGUUGCCUACGCUGUCGGCAAGGACUCUCGUAUUGGCCCCAAGUUCUUGAACGCAAGCGUUGGAUUUGGUGGGUCUUGCUUCCAGAAGGAUAUCCUCAACCUCGUGUACAUCUGCGAGUGCAAUGGCCUCCCAGAAGUCGCCCACUACUGGAAGCAGGUAGUGUCGAUCAACGACUAUCAGAAGACGAGAUUCGUCAAGCGUGUUGUCUCCUCCAUGUUCAACACGGUCUCGGGUAAGAAGAUUGCCAUCCUCGGGUUUGCUUUCAAGAAGGACACUGGUGACACCCGCGAAACUCCCGCCAUUGAUGUCUGUCAUGGCCUUCUUGGUGACAAGGCUCAGCUCAGCAUCUAUGACCCCCAGGUCACUGAGGAUCAAAUCAAGCGCGACUUGGCCAUGAACAAAUUCGACUGGGACCAUCCCCAGCACUUGCAGCCCCAGAGCCCCACCGCAUUCAAGCAAGUCUCCGUAGUGUGGGAUGCAUAUGAAGCAUGCAAGGAUGCCCACGGCAUUUGUAUCAUCACUGAAUGGGAUGAGUUCAAGAAGCUCGACUACCAAAAACUAUACGACAACAUGCAGAAGCCCGCGUUCCUUUUCGACGGCCGCAAUGUUCUUAACGUUGAGGAGAUGCGCAAGAUUGGGUUCGUGGUCUACUCCAUAGGCAAGCCCCUUGACCCAUGGGUCAAGGAUUUACAGGUAUCCAUCUAGAUUUAGAACUGUAGCGCAUCACUGAUUCCCAUUCACUUACUUACUCGAUUGAUUCUUUAUUUCUGAUUGAUUGUAACCGGUCAGAAAACAUCCUAGUCUCCUUCUGUAACCUCGACAUCCUUGGAAUCGACUCUCCUGGCUGCGAUGCAGGUAGGGGAUACAUGUGGACACUAGUAUAGAAAACAAUACUGCACUGAGUGCCUUGAUGCGUGGCUGCACAUAUUGAAUGAAGCUGAGCUGAUUUUGAUAUUUAGACCUGGCGCUAGAUUUGAGGUUCUAGGCCUGGUGCACACGUUCCUAGGUCAGAUGGGGUCCUCUGUAGUUCGGAGGCGGUGGGUUUUGCUUCAGAUGUUCAUGUCAAGGAGAGCGUGUGACUCCAGAGCUGCAAUAUGCGCAUUAUAAAUGAAUCAUCACGUUGUGGUGUUACCGUCCUAGUGAA